GAAGUGGGGAGAGAUUGAGGUACUCGGGAGACAUCGGCUACUUCCACUUCUCCUUGGACAUUGCUCGGACACUCCUCGGACACUUCAGAUGUCUUUUGACAAGCCUUUAUUAAUUAACCCAUGUCGCUUGCAAUAUUAACUCUAUUCUCUGAAUAUCUAUACAAUCCAUCCAGUUUUCCUCAAGAUCUAAGAAUACUGAUAGAUCGACACUGCUUCUCGAUCACAACCUACGAUGUACUCCGUACAGCUCAAACAGCAGUCACAUUCUGAUCCUCGCUAUGGAGUACUCCAGACUUAUGGACAGGGGAGAUCAUUGCAAAAAAAGGGGUGUCAUCUUGCAGUGCAGUUGGCCGUAACCCCUGGCACUUGCAGAAGAAACAGACGCAAGGGAUAAAAGGGAAAAGACAGAUGGCAUCUCCUUGCAGGAAGAGUCGUCGACCUUCUGCAUUAUACUUCCAGGCACUGUCGAGUAUCCUAUACCCUCAGAUCUACUAUUGUUGGACCUCUGCUUGUCAUCUGCGUCAUGUACGGUCUCAAACAGCUGUCGCUUCUAAGCUUGAUGCUUCUCUCUGUGUCGGCAGCGAAGAACCCCAAAAGAACAAUUGUGGGUAUUGAAACAGCAGACAAGAGCCGUGGUAUUGAUGUGCCAUUGAAUGAUUGCCAUCCGAUCGAGGAAGAAGAUAUUCUUACUGUGUCAUUGAAAAAGCCAUGUCGUCUUUUCACCGGCCCUGACUGCACCGGGCACAACACGUUCUUGAGCCCAGGCGAGCACUCUUCCAAGGACCCAAUUCCCGUUAUCGAGUCAAUAUUUUGCCAGCCAUCAUUUUGAGGGAAUACAAUGGUCAAAGUGGGAGUUGGUGCGGGGAUUCUGUCUGGCUUGAAUUGGU